CAAACAAGAAGGGUUUAGAAGUUGUAACUAUCUCUAAUCUUCAAAUCUGCUCUCAUCUCAACUUUAUUCAAAUCCAAGCACGAAACCGAUCGACAACAUCCCAAUAUCAGAAACAAAUCUCUCGAGCAAAAGAUCUCUCUGUCGAUCCAAUCUAACAUGGCCACAACGACRUCGUCGACUAUGACAUUGUUGGAAAAGACGAAGGCGUUGAUCGACCUCGAGCGCUCUCUGACAAAGACACUCGAAAAGGUAGAGCCGUGGUUGACUACCUCCGCAACGAACAAAAGCAGAGUGGGCAUCCGCGUCCGUCCGAUUCCGACUAGCAUGAACGAAGCGCAGCAGGUUCUGGCGGUCGCUCGGAACUUUUCCGGUCGAACGAGUGCGCCGGCCGGAUGGAACCCCAACGCCCCGGUGAUCGGCUUUUCGACCCCCAAUCCGCUGCCGCAUCAGCUGCGAGGAGGAGCUCUGGCGGCGCUCGAAUUGCAAAGAGCUCGACAGGCCGAACGAGACAAGAAGCGAAAACGACUAGAAGAAUUAGAAGAACAGAACAAAGAAAAGGAGAAACAGAAAACGGAAGAAGAGGAAACCAAUAAGAAAAAAAUGGAAAUGGAAAUCGAUGGCGAUGGCGACGGUGAUAUUGACGACAAAAAACUGACAUCAACAGAGGACAGGAAAGGUUCUCCUAAUAAACAACAGCGGGCUCGUUUGCAGCCGCAUAUUCGGGCGCGAUCUACUAGUCUUGAACGAAGAGUGGCGCGACCAGUGAUAGCUACCACGAUGAAUCUGAGUGAUUCAAGUAGCGAAGAAGACUCUGAUGACUCUGAUGAAAGCGAUUAGAUAUUACGUAGUACUACAUUCGACUCGACUCGAUUGGAUUGGAUUGGAUUGGAUUAAAUUCGCUUUGCUUCGUAAUUGAAGUUUUAAUUAUUCCACACAGGAGAUGGCGUACCUGACUUUGAAGACAACAAUAAAAGUGGUAUCAGGUGAAUUUUAAUUGCAUUUAUUAUUAUUCUUUUUGCUACAAUCCAGUAUUAUAUAGAUCUGUACAAAAAAUCGUCUUGAGUCAASAAAAGUAUUUGCUUUGCCUAUCAUCGCGAACGCAACUGAAAACCACUUUAUAGCCAUAGUGGCUGGGUGCUGCUUUUUCCCUCUUAUGUAGACAGAUAUCCAUCUUCAUUCAUUCUUUGCGAACAUCGCAUAGGAAAGGCUGUCUCUUGAAAAUUGUCGUACGCGUACCGUGACGCGCAUUUGCACCGCCGAAAACGAAGUUAAAGCUUGCUUUAUUUGAAUCUUCCCGCGACGCGUUGAUUACAGAUCCCUUUCUGCCAACCAAUCGCGACCGAACCCCCUGCGUUUUCAUUUUUACUUCUCUUCGCAUGAUUCAUUUGGUACCCUACCAAGAGAACUAURAUACCAUCGUAGCAGAUUGAGUUCGGCGUGCAGCUUUGAAUAGAUUUUUCAUCGAAGSAGACUUCGCUGAUGCAAAAGACUGCUCGGCACGAGCAUAUGCAAUGCCGCGGCCGAGAGCACGAUCACGAGCGCCCCUCGUAUAAACGAGACUCGCGGAUCGGAGCUUUUCAUCGUCCAUGUUGAAGAWAGCASAAWWAWUUUUAGUCUUGUCUAUUGUUGUUCGAUCGUAUUUUUGUUCUUGUUUCAGCUGGAGCUCUUUCUUUUGCCGGSCUUGUUCGUCGCGAAUAACUUUGAAACUAUAUUUCUUUUCAGCUAUGUGUCGCUGACGCACGGCAUUAUCCYGUAUGCACAUGUCUUCGAUUCCCCGGAUACAAUUAUAUGUCUCGUCUAUUGGCUUCCGUGCCCGUCUCGCAUUCAUAUAGUUCAACGAGCAUAGGACAGUGUCUUUUUUAAAUCGACUAAAGUCAUCGCUCUACAUGAACAUGAGCAUGGAACAAAGGUAAAAGAUAAAUMACAACCAAAAAACGAUAGAGCGCAUGUAAGUUUACAGAAAAACUUGAAGAACAUGUUUUGUUGUUCGAAUAUUUCCAUCGCACCUGAUACCAUCUAGCCUCUAUCCCCUCUUUUGAAAGUGGUUCGUUGUAAGUGCUCCGUAUUUCACUGACUUCAUCAUCAAAUGUAACAAACAAAUUGCGUCUCCGUUUGCCUUUCCURUCACCCCCCCUCCGGCGUUGAUUGCCAGCACUGUGGUCAUCGUUUUCACURUAGUCUUUUUCUAUCAGGUUCUCUCUUGAUGCCCUCCACGAGAGUUUCAUGAAGCUUCCAACUUUUACAAGGAGUUGGCGGCGGUUAUUCACUCCCAUAUUKUCCUUGUUUUCGGUAUGUGUUUGUGUUGCUGUUGUUGGGUGAUGUGCAGUAAACUGCCUGAUUUUCG